ACUUUUGGAAUAUGAUCAGUUUACUUUUAAAACAUAUCAAUACAUCACACUUAUAAAGAGGAUAAAUGUUUUUUCAGUGUAAGAAUAUUACCUUUUUAACCGAGUGAGCACCAAAUUUUAUAUUUCACGACUGGAGUAGCAACGAGUGAAGUAUUCAUUUUUGGUGUUCACAAGGAGAAAUAUAUUGCUAUUUUACACUGAAAUAAACAUUUUUUCUUUCAAUUAUACGCCAAUUUGUAUGCGCACGUAACGUCAUUUCGGAAAUGACGUUGUUGAAAUUGUGCCCAGGCCCUGUGACGCUCACGUUUGGUUUGGAAUCGAGAGCGUGCUAAAAUUUCAGAACAGUGAAAAAUAUCAAAUUGAUUUUUUCAUUGUUUGAAACAGUGAAAUAUCAUUUUUUUUCACUGACAAAUCUCUACAAACCACCGGAAAACAUAUAAUAAAGUGAUAUAACCCGAUACAGAAAACAAAAGUUACACCUACCUACCAACCUUCCCUAUUUUCUUUCUACAUGUCAGCUGAAACGAGGUUUUAAUUCAUUUAGCCUUAUGAGGGAAGAGAGCAAGAGCUUUACAGUAGCCAUGUAAAACAAUAGCUAGGUGAAGGACUAAAUACCGGGAAAACAACAGCAACACAGAAGAACAAGAAUCAAGAUACCUUCAAAAGGAGAUGGUUUGCAGGUCACAGAGAAGAAUGCUUCAUACAACUCAGCUCGUCGCCAUUCUCGUAACUUGUAUGAUUAAUAUAAUGUCAAGUUCCAGUACAAAUACAACCGCAUCUCCUGAAAGUACAGAUAUAAUGUCAAGUUCGAGUUCAAAUACAACUGAAUAUCCUGCAAGUACAGAUAUAAUGUCAAGUUCCAGUUCAAAUACAAUCGCAUCUCCUGAAAGUACAGAUACAAUGUCAAGUUCCAGUUCAAAUACAACCGCAUCUCCUGAAAGUACAGAUAUAAUGUCAAGUUCGAGUUCAAAUACAACUGAAUAUCCUGCAAGUACAGAUACAAUGUCAAGUUCCAGUUCAAAUACAACCGCAUCUCCUGAAAAUACAGAUAUAAUGUCAAGUUCCAGUUCAAAUACAAUCGCAUCACCUGAAAGUACAGAUAUAAUGUCAAGUUCCAGUACAAAUACAACUGAAUAUCCUGCAAGUACAGAUAUAAUGUCAAGUUCCAGUACAAAUACAACUGAAUAUCCUGCAAGUACAGAUACAAUGUCAAGUUCCAAUUCAAAUACAACCGCAUCUCCUGAAAGUACAGAUAUAAUGUCAAGUUCCAGUUCAAAUACAACCGCAUCUCCUAAAAGUACAGAUAUAAUGUCAAGUUACAGUUCAAAUACAACUGCAUCUCCUGAUAGUACAAAUAUAAUGUCAAGUUCCAGUUCAAAUACAAUCGCAUCACCUGAAAGUACAGAUAUAAUGUCAAGUUCCAGUUCAAAUACAAUCGCAUCUCCUAAAAGUACAGAUACGAUGUCAAGUUCCAGUUCAAAUACAACUGAAUAUCCUGCAAGUACAGAUACAAUGUCAAGUUCCAGUUCAAAUACAACCGCAUCUCCUGAAAGUACAGAUAUAAUGUCAAGUUCCAGUACAAAUACAACUGAAUAUCCUGCAAGUACAGAUACAAUGUCAAGUUCCAGUUCAAAUACAACCGCAUCUCCUGGAAGUACAGAUAUAAUGUCAAGUUCCAGUACAAAUACAACUGAAUAUCCUGCAAGUACAGAUACAAUGUCAAGUUCCAGUUCAAAUACAACCGCAUCUCCUGAAAGUACAGAUAUAAUUUCAAGUUCCAGUUCAAAAACAACUGAAUAUCCUGCAAGUACAGAUACUAUGUCAAGUUCGACUUCAAAUACAGUCGCGUCUUUUGCAAGUUCAGGUGCACCUCAAAGUUCAAGUUCAAAUACAACCGCGUCUAUUGAAAGUACAGAUACAACUUCCAGUUCCACUUCAAAUACAACCAUGUUUCCUGAAAGUACAGAUUCAACUUCAAGUUCUAGUUCAAAUACAACCGCAUCUUCUGAAACUACAUAUACAACUUCCAGUUCCAAUUCAAAUACAACCGCACCUCCUGAAGGUACAGAUUCAACUUCCUGUUCCACUCUAAAUACGACCGCACCUUCUGAAAGAACAGAUACAACUCCCAGUACCAGUUCAAAUACAACUAUGUUUCCUGAAAAUACAGAUACAACUUCCAGUUCCACUUCAAAUACAACUGCAUCUCUUGAAAGUACGGAUACAACUUCCAGUUCAAGUUCAUAUACAACCGCAUCUCCUAAAAGUACAGAUACAACUUCCAGUUUCAGUUCAAAUACAACUAUGUUUCCUGAAAGUACAGAUACAACUUCCAGUUCCACUUCAAAUACAAUCGCAUCUUCUGAAAGUACAGAAACAACUUUCAGUUCCAGUUCAAAUACAACCGCACCUCCUGAAAGUACAUAUACAACUUCCAGUUCCAGUUCACAUACAACCUCACUUCCUGAAAGUACAGAUACAACUUUCAGUUUCAGUUCAACUACAACCGCAUCUCCAACAAGUACAAAUGCAAGUGCAAAUUCAAGUUCUAGUUCCAGUCCCAGUUCAACUACAACCGCAUCUCCAUCAAGUACAAAUACAACGUUAAGUUCGGGUUCCAGUUACAGUUCAACUACAACUGCAUCUCCAUCAAGUACAAAUACAAGUACAAUGUCAAGUUCUAGUCCCAGUCCACGUUCAACUACAACCGCAUCUCUUGCAAGUACAAAUUCAAGUUCUAGUCCAAGUCUAAGUUCAACUACAACUGAAUCUCCAGCAAAUGAAAAUACAAGUACAAAUUCAAGUUCAAGUCCAAGUCCAAGUUUAACUACAACUGCCUCUCCUGCAAGUACAAAUACAACUGUAAAUUCAAGUGCUAGUUCCAUUCAAAGUUCAACUACAACCGCAUCUCCUGCAAGUACACAUACAAGUACACAUACAAGUUCCAAUUCCAGUCUUAGUUUUACUACAACCGCAUCUUCUUCAAGUACAAAUAUAAGUUCCAGCUCCAUUCCAAGUUCAAAUACAACCGCAUCACCUGCAACUUCAAGAUCAGUUUCCAGUCCAAGUUCUGAUUCCAUCCUAAGUUCCAAUACCACAACAGAAACCAGUGCCAGUACCGUAUCCAGUACCAGUCCGAGUUCCGGUUCCACUACCAGUACAAAUUCAAAUACAACAGAAGAAUCAAGCUGUGUGGUCGCCAUUCCUUCUAUUUUAAUGACAUCUGCUCUCACAUGCGUUGGGUUGAUUUUGCAAAAGAGACUUUAGAUUCAUGUACCUUGAACGGAUUAAAGAUGAAACACAA